GACGCGGGGCUCUGCUCACGUUGCCCCAGAGACCGCGUGUGCGCCCGCGAAGCAGCCUAAGCAGGAGGCGCGGAGCGAGGGGACGCCAGAGAAAAACACGCGCCGGACAAACAGCGAAAGAAGCGGGGACGCGUCCGACGGCGAUGACGGCGCCGGCGGUGGUGUCGGCGGCGGCGAAGAAGGAGGUGGAGCCGGCGGCCCCGGCGGGGCUGCGGCGGCUGCGGGAGCGCUGGGGGAACGCGCGCUUCGCCGUGACGCCGCUGGUGGGCCACAGCGACCUCGUCACCGCCGUCGCCUUCCACGGAUCGUACAUCGUCUCCGGCAGCCGCGAUACGACGGUGAAGCUGUGGCACGCCGCGACGGGCACGGAGGAAGCCAACCUCGGCGGGCACACAGGCAGCGUCACCUGCGUGGCCAUCGCCCCAGCCGCCACCGCCACCGCCAUCGGGAAGGCUCUUGAUUGCGCGGACGAUGAGGAUUUCUUGGCGAGUGGAUCCAGUGACUGCACAGUGAAGAUCUGGUCUCUGCGCACAGGGCAGGAGGUGCGGAGCGUCUACACCUACAGCCCCGUUUCGGCGAUCGCGUUCCUCCCCGAGCCGGGACUCCUCCUCUCCGCGUCCGACGGAGGGAAGCUGGACAUGUGGGACCUCACGACGGGCGCCAGCGUGCAGUCGUUUCGUGCUCAUGAAGACGCCAUCACCUGCCUGCAGCUGCACGGCUCGCUGGCGUGCACGGGUGGCCGGGAUGGCCAGGUGCGCGUGUGGGAGCUGCGCCCGGGCCCCCGCCUGCACCUGCUCUUCUGCACGGAGGGCGAGGAGUGGAGCGCCGACGGGCGCCGCCGUGGCGCGUCCCCCCUGCGCUGCCUCCUGGCGGGGCCGCGACCCCACGGCCGCCUCCUCUACUCCGCCGACGAAGGCGCCAGCAUCCGGGUCCUCGACUGGCGGACGGGCUCCAUAUUGCGGAAGCUGCCCAACCACAACAGCGACUGCGGCUUCACCGACUGCCUGUCCAUGGCAAGCGAUGGCGGCGAUGGCGGCACUCGCCUGAUGCUGUCCGCGGGCUACGACAUUGACCGAGGUCACGGCUACAUCAACGUGCGGCUGCUCGCGGAGGGCGGGGAGCCGUACGUAGCGACGCUGGGGGGUGAGGCGACCCCCCGCCUGCUCUGCGUCGCCACCACCUGCACCCCCAGCGGCCUGCAGCGCUGGGGCACGGGGGGGCGGAGCCUCCUCCUGUGGGAGGAGCUCCCGCACGGGGGCGGAGCCAACAGCCACCACCGCGAAAACGGACACGUUGUGGCCUCGAGCUUCCGGCGCGAGUUUGAGCGAGACGAAGAAGUCUGGAGCGACGACGAGAGCUCGGCCUCCGACAGCUCGCUCGGCUCAAGUUCCAGGGCUUCGAGCAGCGAAGACGACACGGAGCCUGUGAACGGGAGGAGGAGGACCUGGUGCAGCGUCAUGUGAUCGCAGCCCAGGGGGGCACCGGCCACACGGGGAACGGUGGCUCGCGCGUCCUUUCCACAACCACUGCCGGCCCAGUUCUGGCCCGGGCUCCGUGAUCGACUCUGCUUCUCCAUCACCUCUUUGCUACACCGACAACCGAGCCGUGCCGUGCCGUGGCCAGCCCUGGUGCGGCUCAGGAGGCGCCAGGGCGGUUUUUCCACUGCGCGAGCCGAGCCGAGCCCGCCCCGGCUUGGCCCCGAGCGGGUUUCAGACGUCUGGUGACGCCAGCGUAGCACGGUUUGGCUCUGGGCUACUACCCGUUGCCGUGAGAGUGCCACGCUGGCUCAGCUGGGCUGUUGCCACUUGGCAACCGGGCCCGUGCUGGCCUGCUGUCAGACUGGUUCCGGCCCAGGCAGAGCACUAGGACACGAAGUCAGUUCCCAUGAUUUGUGAGCCAGGGGGCACACCAUCCACCCUGCCCUUUGUAGCUACAGAGAGAGAGAGAGGCGGGGGGAGGGGCUCGGGAAGCAAUCUUAAAAGGGCGACUUUUACUAAAUUUCAGAGUAGACUGAUGAGUUGAUGGGUUACGGAACGGUUUGCCCACCAUGGGUUACCCAUUCAGGAAUUGACUCCGUUUAAAAAUAAAUAGAUAUAUAGUACCUUUUUCUCCGCCUUUAUCUCGAUUGUUGCCAUCGUCGUCGUCACGAGACGAGCACGCGUUUCACUUUGGACCUCUGGCACCGACGUGAGGUCCAAGUCGGAGGGUGCCCCCCCCCACCCUCUGCCCCCCCCACCCUCUGCCCCCCCCCCCACCCCCCGCUCCCAUCUCUGGCGGCGGGCCUGACUCCGCACCCUCCGAUUAGCACGGUUGGCUACGCGCGGCGCGAAAAGAAGUUCGGGGCGCACACGUACGUAGAAAUUCCACGUUCCUUUGGCAGAGACUGUUCCUCCAAAAACACGGUCUCACGGUUGACAUCCUAUCGAGGUGGCUGCUCAUUUUCUUGACGCUGGAGGGAGAAUAACGAUGGAUGUUCCGAGUCAACCCGUGACCGGGACUUGACCGCGAUUGUGAGUCGAACGCUGCGCUUUACCGUGGCAUCUUCUGGCCUGGUUCGAUAGGACUGACAACACUAAUUAUCGCAAUAAUAUUACACUGCGUCGUUCGUUAUGCCACGCGCGCGCCUUGUCGGACUCGUGUCAGUGCUUCACGUCUUAUCUCGGCAGGUGGUCACCGUCGGAAUGCGAGGCGACGAUCCGGAACCGAUCCGGAACCGCUCCGGGGGUGUUCUGGGAAGGCCCCCCCCUGCGGCCCCCCCCUGCGGCCCCCCCCCUGUGGCCCCCCCCCUGCGGCCCCAAGGGGGGUUAGACCCCAGGGGGGGUAUAGGCCCCAGCGGAUGGUUAGGCCUCAGAGGGGAGGUUAGGCUCCAGAGGGGGGGUUGUUAGGCCCCAGGCUUUGAUUCCGCGGAAGGAGAAAUCGCGGCGCUUUCUCUAAUUGCGUGCCGCUUUACUCCGAAGCAGUGCGGGUGAUUUUUUUUCCGCCACGGACUUUCAGCAGUCGCCUUCCGCGUAGUCGGAUCCCACACUCGGCCCGUGUGCGAAAGCGAUCGGUCGAGAGUGGGCGCAGCGUAGGGGUUCAUCUUGUCUCUGCCGAUUGGGAAAUCGUCGACGUAAAUACGAGCGAGUGAUGGCGCCCCGAGCCUGUAGGAGACCGUCGAGUAAAGGUCCGUGCGUGUCGGUGCGUUCCAUCUGUGCUUGUGGAUCAGUGCUGUGUGUGUUGGUGAGUGCUCUCUGUGUGUGUUGGUGAGUGGUGUGUGUGUGUUGGUGAGUGGUGAGUGGUGUGUGCGUGUCGGUGAGUGGUGUCUGUGUUAGUGAGUGCUGUGUGUGCGUGUCGGUGAGUGGUGUGUGUGUGUGUCAGUGAGUGCUCUCUAUGUGUGUUGGUGAGUGGUGUGUGUGUGUCGAUGAGUGCUGUGUGUGUUUGUGAGUGCUCUGUGUCGGUGAGUGGUGUGUACGUGUCGGUGAGUGGUGUCUGUGUGUGUGUGUUGGUGAGUGUGCUGUGUGUGUGUGUUGGUGAGUGCUCUUGUGUGUGUCGGCGAGUACCCCUGGCCGUGUGUGUCGAGCCGUGCCGUGCUUCGUCUGAGUGUCCUGUCACUCGGGGCUCGUGCGCGUCUCCAGCGGUCAGGAGCGUCGUAAUGAAGGUGACGGAUUUGUGCCAAAACGGAGGUUCCCGAGUUCAGAUUUACAGCGAUUUCUAAAAUGUGACGGCAAUAAAUGUCAUAGUAGAAGUUU